UUCAAAAAACCCUAAAAGAGGUAGAAAUAAAAGAAGCACAGACAGAGAAAAGAAAAUCUCUUUUGAAUGAAAAACCCAGUGGUGCCCUCGCCCUCUGAGAAGAGAAAAUUUCUCUCGUCCACCGUCUCCCAGAUGAUCCAAAAAUCUCCUUCUCAGAAGAAGAGCUAUUGUGUUAUGGAAGAUGUGUAUGGUGUGAUGAUGGUCCCAAAGGAGCUUGAGGUCGAGAAGGAUCAUGGUUUCGAGCUCCGAUUCCAAGUACCUGACUUUGGACAGGCCAUGAAAGGUUUUCUGGGGACUAGAGAAGUUGGCGAGUUUCUUAGCGGCGCUUUGGCAGGGGCUAUGACCAAAGCUGUACUUGCUCCGCUUGAAACCAUCAGGACAAGAAUGGUUGUUGGUGUUGGAUCCAAAAACAUCGCAGGUAGUUUCGUCGAGGUCUUUGAGCAGCAAGGUUUGCGGGGGCUGUGGGCUGGUAAUACAAUCAACAUGCUCCGUAUAAUUCCUACGCAAGCAAUUGAGCUUGGAACAUUUGAGUGUGUCAAGCGAACUAUGACAUCUGCACAAGAGAAAUGGGAGAAGACUGGAUGUCCAAAGGUGAAAAUUGGUCAUGUCAGCCUGAACUUUUCUUUCUCCUGGCUCUCUCCAGUUGCUGUGGCUGGUGCGGCUGCUGGAGUUGUUAGUACCCUUGUAUGCCACCCACUUGAAGUCUUAAAGGAUAGGUUGACUGUAAGUCCAGAGACUUACCCUUCUAUAAGCAUAGCAGUUAGCAAUAUCUACAAGCAAGGUGGAAUCGGAGGUUUCUAUGCUGGAAUUGCACCUACAUUGAUUGGCAUGCUCCCAUACAGCACAUGUUACUAUUUCAUGUACGAUUCUUUGAAGAAAUCUUACUGCGUAGCAAAGAAGAAAAAGUCUUUAAACCGUGUAGAGAUGCUCCUGGUUGGAGCUCUCUCAGGUUUUACAGCUAGCACAAUUAGUUUUCCAUUGGAGGUGGCCAGAAAACGGCUGAUGGUGGGAGCUCUGCAAGGUAAGUGCCCGCCCCACAUGGCAGCGGCACUUUCGGAAGUCAUUAGGGAAGAGGGUUUAUUGGGUCUCUACAGAGGCUGGGGUGCGAGCUGUUUAAAAGUCAUGCCCUCCUCAGGCAUCACCUGGAUGUUUUACGAGGCUUGGAAAGAUAUAUUGCUUCUUGAGAGGCGCCACCUGUGAUAGUUUCUAUCAUGGGUCCAUUAUUCUUUGUGCAACUUAGGUAUACCAUGACUUGUGCCUUUGUUUUGUCAAGGAUACAAAAUUGAUAUGCAUGUGUUAACAGAGGAGGGUUGGCUGCUGGUGAUCUUCUACUCUAAUUAUAAGAUGAACUGCAACUUUAUCAAUUUUUGUGAGAUUAUUAUUCGGCAGACACCCAUUUAACAAGUGAUGUACCUGUACACUGUGAUAGGUGUGGACAAAGACACAGAGGAAUCCAAGUUCCCUUUUCACAGGAUGAGUUUAUUCCUGGUCCCCCAUAACAAUUGUUGUAGUUGCUGAAUGAGAAUGAUGCUUCUACAAGGGUAAAAAUGUAUUGGCUAGAAAAUAGCCCCUUAUAGUCAUUCAUCAAUUAAAGGAGUUUUUGCUA